AGACCGACGCCGCAUCCAAUCGCAGCCCAUGACGCCCAGCGUUUCAAUGGCUUUACGCCGCACCGCGGCCGCCGCCGACCCCGACCUCGACGCCGAUGGCGAUACUGCUGCACGCUCGCGGCAAGGCCACCGCGGCGCAGCACGUGGCGGCGCGGCACCUGGACCACACCUUCGAAAAGCUCGUGGCCGCCUACCUCCCGCUCGUGGCGGCGUCGCCGCUGCUGGACGCGCUCCGGGCGUCGCCGGAGCCGCUCGCGCUUCCUGACCUCGCCCGCCGCCUCCCGCUCCGCCUCCAUCGCCGCGGGCCGCUCCACUUCUUCCGCCUCUUCCCGCGUGUCUUCGACCUCCGGCCCCCGCUCCCGCUCUCCCUGUCGCUCACGCCGCCCGCCGCCGAGCUCCUGGCAAUCGCCUCCGACCCUGGCGCUGCCGCGCGGACGCUCCACCGCCUCCUCGCCAUGUCCGCGUCCCGCUCCUUCCCUCUCCGCGCCGUGUUCCGCGUCUGGCGCGAGCUCGCUCUCCCCGACGACUUCGAGGAAUCCGUCGUCGCGCAGCAUCCACACCUCUUCCGCCUGUCCUCCAACCCCGCCGAGCCCAACACCCAUGUUCUGCACCUCGUCGCGGAUCCGAGCAAUGAGGAGUUUACUCCGGCGGUGGAGAAGACCCGGCCGGAGAAGUACGCAUUCAAGCUGCAGUUCCCGCCGGGGUUCAAGCUGACCAAGGAGUACCGGAAGAAGGUUAAUGAGUGGCAGCAGCUGCCUUACAUUGGUCCGUACGAGGUAGUGGAUCGCAAGGUUGGCGGGAGCAAGAGGGUGUCGAAGAUGGCAAGGAAGAAGAUGGAGAAGAGAGCAGUUGGAAUUGCACACGAGUUCCUUAGCCUGACCGUGGAGAAGAUGGUGGAGGUGGAGAAAUUCAGCCAGUUCCGUAAGUGGUUUGGGAUCGAGGUGAAUGUCAGGGACGUGUUCUUGGAUCACCCUGGGAUAUUUUACCUAUCAGCAAAGGGAAAGCGGCAUACCGUGUUCCUGCGGGAAGCAUAUGACCGUGACAAGCUUGUUGAGGCAAAUGAUGUCUCUGAGGCACGGAGAAAGCUUGUCGAGCUCAUGCUCUUGCGUCGCCAUGGGCUUGGGAAUGCCAAUUCUAAUGCCAACAUGUCUUCAAGUGCCAAUGCCACUACCAACGAGAGCUAUGAUGAUUUGCAGGAGCUAGAUGUUUGAUGGUUCAAUGUAUCUGAGAAGACGGAGCACUGAAAUAGCAAGGAGAUUAUUGGUUUAAUUGAACUCCUGUUUAGCAUAACUUGUUUAACUGGUGCUUUGCCCAUCGUCGGUCAAUGGUCAGGGAGAUUUGUCUUCUGGCAUUUAACAACAUGAAAGAUGGGUGUCUUUUCAACAUCUCUCUCUUAACUUGGCUUGUUGGCUCACGAUUGAAGUUCAGUAGCACAUAGUUGACUGAAAAGUAUUAUCGCUGGAGGUGUAGAUGCAAGUAAGGAAAGCAUUGAAGUCUUGAUGGCUACUGUAUGAUAAGUUGCUCUAUUCACGAUGACACAUGCAUACUGUAUGUAGUCAGAGGGCUUCUGUAUUGUGGCCUAUCCAUCAGGGGCGUAGCCAAAGGGUGGCCAGGGGAUUUACCAUCGGUGCAUAUACCCCUGUAUAAUUCCGCCCAAUUUCUUUUGUAAAAUACAGCAGAAACCCCAGCCGAAUUAUCUCAUGACCAGGCUUGCAGUAUACUUUGAAGGAAAAGCAUUGAGCGAAAAGUCCCCUGGUUUCUCUGGAAAUGAUCUUAACUGAAGCCAGUUUACGGAACCUAACGAAUGAGUUCAUCAUUGAAAGUUUCAAAAAAAAAAUGAGUUCAUCAUUGUUGCUGCUAGUUCCUAGCUGAAGGAGCUCAACAGGGAUGUGUAUGAUGUCUCUGAAGCUUUAGAGAGGAUCACCACAGGGCCUAUGAACAAAAUGCAGGGGGGCUGUAGUUUUGCACAAUUAGACAUGUUGUCAGCUAUCAGUCUACCAGUUAUCUACAAUUCAACUAGUGAAUUUGAGCUGUGGCCAAGCUAUUGCCACUGAACUUGUAUGUCUGGACGUGAUCUGUUACUCUGCUCAGAUCUACAUCUAAGCUGACAUGAAAAAUUCAAUCAGUCUGUACCAUCAUUUCUCGAGUUUGUAACCGAGGGAGACGAAUCUGUGCAAGAACAAAAAAUACUGAGGAGUCUGCUGAACUGAAACUACAUACGAACAAGGUUUUCAGGCUGAGUCGACUCAGCAGAUGCUUGCAGUUGCAGUUCUAUCAACUCUGCCGAGAAGUUCACCAAUCACCAUCCCCGAUCCAGGCUGUGCGUGGCUUCAUCCAAUGGUUAGGAGCAUCCCAAAAGGCGGAGGAGGCGGGUUCGGUUUCGUUGGAGCCUCUGUUUUCAUGCGGCUAAGACCAGGCUGGUAAAACAAGCCACGAAACCAGGUUUAGGUUGGCAUCCAUCCUUUGCUCAACCACCAAAAGCGAGACAAGCGAUCCACUUGUGCAAUUAAGCACUAAUAAUCAAAGGAGGUCUACGCUCCCCUGCCAAUAGAGAUGAAAUGUUGUUGCAACUACCCUGUGAGGCUACGAAUGAGGAGCUUUCAGCAUCGCGGAGCUAGAGGUGUUCAAAAAAGUGUUUCCAUCAAAUCAUGUAAACCACCACAAUAUUGUCUGGAAAUUCUAAUUGGCAGACGUGCCUUCACGUGGUUGCGGCGGAUCCAGGAUUUGGAUAGAGGAGGCAAACAAAUUGGAGGUGGCAGAGUUGCUAUCCCCCGUCCGCAGGUCCGCUGGCUUCACCCCAUGAUGAGACUAGGCAUGCACAACACCGAUGUACAAUGUUCGCUAGUGGACAAUAUUUAUAAGUCAACAGAAGAACCUAGGUAAGCAUGUAAGCUGCAACUCAAGAGAUGGAUCACCGUAUUGUUUUGAUGACGUUGCGACUUGUUGGAGCA